AUGACUGGUCCCGGGGGAAACACUGCUACUGCGAGCACUGGACGGCAACUAUUAGCCGGGUACUGGGGUCAGAAUAUCGCCGCGGCCCGCCCGGGCAAUGAUAAGGAGAAGCCACUGAAAGAAGUUUGUCAGACCAGCAAGUAUGACAUCUUGAAUGUUGCAUUCCUCAACACGUUCUUCGACUCCAGAAAUCAAGAUCGUUUGCCUGCCUUAAACUUUGCGGAUCACUGUACUCAGAGUAUCUCCAAAACAAACCCUUACCUUCUCCGUUGCCGCGAAAUUGAAGAAGGAAUAAAAGAAUGUCAACGUCUUGGAAAGAAAGUGCUAAUUUCUAUCGGAGGAAUAGGUGCGGAUGGAACUCUUGCCUCUCCGGCAGAAGCAAGGAAGUUUGCCCAGACCUUAUACAACUUGUUUCUUGGCGGAGAUCGAAGAGCAAAGGAGCUUAGCCUCAGACCGUUUGGAUCUGUAACCCAGUCAGAGUCAAAGCUGACUCUGUUAUCAAAAGGAGUCCAUGGGCUUAUAGCUGUCCCUACUCUGAAUCCUGUUUCUCUUAAUCACCAACGGACGUACAAGCUAAUUCAUACCCCCAUCGUGGAAGUUAUCCCUUCUGUUGUUUAUGAAUUAACAGCUGCUACUUCAAGCACUGGACGGCAACUAUUAGCUGGGUACUGGGGUCAGAAUAUCGCCGCGGUACGCCCGGGUAAUGAUAACGAGAAGCCACUGAAAGAAGUGUGUCAGACCAGCAAGUAUGAUAUCUUGAAUAUUGCAUUCCUCAGCGCGUUCUUCGACUCCGGAAAUCAAGAUUCUUUGCCUGCCUUAAACUUUGCGGAUCACUGUACUCGGAGUAUCUCCAAAACAAACCCUUCUCUUCUCCGUUGCCCCGAAAUUGAAGAAGGAAUAAGAGAAUGUCAACGACUUGGAAAGAAAGUGCUGAUUUCUAUCGCAGGAGUAGGUGCAGCUGGAACUCUUUUCUCUGUGGUUAAUGCAAGGCAGUUUGCCCAGAACUUAUACGACUUGUUUCUUGGCGGUGAUCGAAGAACAAAGGAGCUCAGCCUCAGACCGUUUGGAUCGGCAGUAAUGGACGGUGUGGAUCUCAGUAUCGAAGGGGGAGGGCCUGAAUUCUAUCCUGAUUUCAUACGGGAACUACGCAGGCUCAUGGAUUCCGAGACAGGCGUAGCUAAGAGAAGCUAUCUGAUAACAGCCGCACCUCAAUGUCCGUAUCCUGACCAUAUUUUGGGACCAGAACGAAAAGGAACUGCCUUGAAGGAGGCAAGCGAGUAUGUUGACUACCUCUUCGUUAAAUUCUACGACGAUUAUUGUCACACUGGUAAUCAAACGUCAUUCCUUACAACAUUGGACAAAUGGCUGUAUUUUGCGCAAUCAAAUAAUGGGCCUCUGGUCUUUGUUGGGUUGCCAGCUCAUGCUUCAGCCUCUAUUGACGCCAUUCAAUAUAGGUCACCCAAAGAAUUACAAGUCAUUUAUGAGGUUUGUUAGCUUCAUGUCAUCUUUUAUUUAUGUUUAUUGAGGAUCUUCACUGGCUAAGGAAAGUAUUAUCGUGUUUUGAUCCGGGGGUGGGGG